AUGGUCAUGGUGGCUGUUAUGAGUGGUAAGGGAGGAGUUGGAAAAAGCUCGAUCUCUAUCAUGCUGAGCACGGCGAUGUCCGAAAGAGGAAAGACACUGCUGUUGGACUUUGAUCUGUGUGGGCCAAGUGUGGCUAGUGGACUUGGGAUUAAGGAAAAGAUAUACAAAGGAGAGAAGGGAUUGAUUCCGGCCAAAGCAUCUGAGAACUUGUACAUACUUUCGAUGGCUUUGCUUAUGAAGGAAAGUGACUCUGUGAUAUGGAGAGGUCCAAAGAAGAUGUCUGUAUUAUCGAUGUUCUAUGAAUCGGCCGAUGGCUUUGAUAACGUAGUGAUUGAUAUGCCUCCAGGAAUAUCUGAGGAACAUGGAUUUCUGGUUGGAAAGGACAUUAGUGUUUUGAUUGCCACUACUCCGCAGAACAUCUCCCUAGGAGAUUCUUCGAGAGCAAUUGACUUUUGCAUUUCUAAUGGAAUCCAGAUUCUCGGGCUUGUGGAGAAUAUGAGUGGAUACUGCUGCGAGUCCUGUGGAAACCCCACCAACAUAUUUGGGGCAAGAGGAGGAGAAAGACUUGCAAUGGAGAUGGGUGUUCGCUUUAUAUGCGAGCUGAAAAUCGAUCCUCUGCUCUGCGAAGCACUAGAUGAAGGGAAGUUCCUCGAGAAAUGUGGAUCGAUCGAGUCUUACAUAAGACUCAGAAGAUCUGUCCUCGAGAUUACAAACAUUUAA